GAUUGGGCGCGGCUGAAGCGGGCGGGGGAAGGUUUGGCGGGCGGGCGGGAGGGUGGAGCGCGUAGCAGCUGCCGCGGCCCCGUCGCUCGCCGCCCCGAUGCCGGCGGGCAUCGAGCAGCCGGGGGACGCCGAGGAGCAGCCACCCGUCCAGGGCCCGCCGGCAGCGGCAGAGAGGCCGCCGUCCUCGGGCCGCCGCCGCCCGCCGCCGCCGCCACCCGCCGCCGAGCAGGGGGAGGAGUCCGGCGGCAGCCGGGUGCUGAGGGGCGGCCGGGAGCGGGGCCGGGCUGCGGCCGCCGCUGCCUCGGCUGCGGGGGGAGCCGCCGCCGCCGCCGCCGCUGCCGCCGCCUCCCGCCGCCGUAAGGCUGAGUAUCCCCGGCGUCGGCGGAGCAGCCCCGGAGCCCGGCCCGCCGCCGAGCAGCCCGCCGCCGAGACGCCGCCCGCGGCCAAGAAGGGCCCCCGGGCCGGGUGCACAGAUAAAGCAGCUGGUAAAGAUCCCAAAGAAGAGAAGGAAGAGGAGGAAGUUUCCAGUGUCCUGAGCCAUGGCUCUCCUGUCAGCACAGCCAGGCCUAGCAGAAGCUGGCGCAGCAGCAGGUCAGCCACUGCGGCCCGCCAGCGUGACACUGAGAAUUCACGUGCCUCCAGAUCCAAGACUGGUUCCCUGCAGCUUGUCUGCAAGUCAGAGCCAAACACAGACCAGCUUGAAUACGAGGUCACAGAAGAGCAUCAGUCUCCAGCUGGAAUCAGCAGUGAUGAUGAGGAGAUGCUUAUCAGCGAGGAAGAAGUUCCCUUCAAAGAUGAUCCAAGAGAUGAAACCUACAAGCCCCAUCUAGAGAAGGAAGCACCAAAGCAGAGGAGAAAAGCUAGCAAGGGGAAGGAGGAAAAAGAGAAACACAAAGAGAUUAAAGUAGAAGUGAAAGAAGAGAGUGAGUUUCAGGAAGAUGAAGAACCACCAAGGAAGAGGGGAAGAAGGAGAAAGGAUGACAAGAGCCCAAGGCUGCCCAAGAGAAGGAAGAAGCCUCCGAUACAGUAUGUCCGCUGUGAGAUGGAAGGCUGUGGCACGGUCUUGGCUCACCCACGUUAUCUGCAGCAUCACAUAAAGUACCAGCACUUGCUGAAGAAAAAAUACGUGUGUCCUCAUCCCUCCUGUGGUCGUCUCUUCCGACUUCAGAAGCAGCUCCUGCGGCAUGCCAAACACCACACAGAUCAAAGGGAUUACAUCUGUGAGUACUGUGCCCGGGCGUUUAAGAGUUCUCAUAACUUGGCGGUGCACCGAAUGAUCCAUACAGGCGAAAAGCCCUUGCAGUGUGAGAUCUGUGGAUUCACCUGCCGGCAGAAGGCUUCCCUCAACUGGCACAUGAAGAAGCAUGAUGCGGACUCCUUCUACCAGUUUUCCUGCAAUAUUUGCGGCAAGAAAUUUGAGAAGAAGGACAGCGUCGUGGCCCACAAAGCCAAGAGCCACCCUGAAGUGCUUAUUGCCGAAGCACUGGCUGCCAACGCGGGUGCCCUGAUCACCAGCACCGACAUUUUGGGCACUAAUCCUGAGGCCAUUGCACCGCCCACCGAUGGCCAGGGCCUCCCCCUUCUUCCUGACCCCCUGGGAAGUGCUGCCCCAGCAGAUUGCCUGCUGCUGAACCCUGAUGGGAUGCCGAAGACAUACUGUGGUGGGGCAGAGCGUGUGAGCCUGGUGGCUGACGGCAAGCUCUUUGUGGGUAGUGGCAGCAGUACAAACCCAGAGGGGCUGGUCAUGAACACAGAGAUCCUGGGAGCCACCACGGAGGUGCUCAUUGAAGAUUCAGACUCCACUGGACCCUAGUGGGUGGGGAGCACUUGGGUGCUGGGACAAUUUGGACUCUGUAUUUAAAAGGAGGGAAAAAAAAAAAAAAAAAAAGAAAGGAAAAAAAAAAAAAAGAGACACUUACUGAAAGAGAGAAAAGUUAAACAAAACUUACAAUACUAGUAAAUAACCGAAGGGUCUGCUCCCCUCCAGCGUGGAUCACAGCACAUCCUCUUUCUCCCAACCACUUCUCUCUCUCCCACUGCUCCUUUAUAGAAAGGGGCACUUGCUGCCAUUACCAGAGCAAGUUGGAUUGAGUGAUGGAUUUCUCCAAGGGAGGGGGAACUGCUGAAACCCUUCACUCUACCCCAAAGCAGAUGCCUUUCUGGCUCCUUGACAUGGCCCUGCUCUCAAACUAGAAAGCAUUUGAUGUGCUCUGGACAAGUUUCUUAGGACUCCCUCUUGCCCCUGGUCCCAACUUCUAUGCAUUGCUGCACUCUAGUCCUUGCAGUCUCAUUCUUCCCCCCCCCCCAGGGCUGGGAGUUUGGCUUGGCACUUUAGCCCCCCUCAGCAGUGUGAGCUGUGAAACAGUGCACGUCCCUCUCCCCACCGCGCUCCUCUGCUCCAGCUCUGGCAGGAAGUUGAGGGAACGCCCAGGCUCAUAGAUCAUGUUUGCUCGGAGAGGCCCGGGGGCUACCGGAGCCCUGCGUGGGAGAGGCAAGGAGGAGCAUCCCAGUUUGACGACAGUAAUUUGCACUUUGAACAUGCUUCGUUUUUGUGUUGUGGUAACAAGAUUCCUUAUUUAUUGAUUAAAAAAAAGGGUCGGUAUUUUUUAGUUAUGUUCCUAGGAGGUGGGGGUGAAAGGGGUUCAGGCGAUUUCCCGGUAGGCUCCUUUGCACUAGCGAGCUGCAGGGAGCGCGUUGUGCCAUCGUAGCAGCGGCUGGGAGAGCCGAGGUGAAGGCGGCGUUCUGGAGUCAGAUGUCUCUCACAACUUUUCCAGAGUAGAGGGAGAGCCCCUGGAGAAGAGCCUGUUUGCAGUGGGAGUCUCUGCAGCAGCAAUUUAGCAGGAGGAUGAGGUGAGUGAUGGACAGCUGGCUGUUGUCUCCCUCCCUCCUAGGUUGGGGUAAGCUCUUUGCAUUAAAUGCUCUUUUUGAUUCCCUCUUGCUCCCUAGCCUUUCAGGGAAGAACAUCAUUAGCCAGGAACUUGUUCUCAUGACUUAGGACAGUUGUGAGCUGCUUGCUGCUGGGGGAUGUUGUGCUCCUUAUCCAACUCUGCCUCUCCUUUCCAGGUCUAGACAAAGGUACAGAAGCAGGGACUGGAUAUGGCUGUCUCAGGCUUGUUUAUUCAAGGCAAUAGGCUGACAUGGGACUAAGGGGGUCUCAGCUUUUUUCCCUGCCUCCAUUUUGCAGGGAGGAUGUUGUGCAGCCAUGCUCUCAAAGCUUUGUUCUUCUGCACAAACACCCCUGAUUUCCAUGAAAUGUGGCGGUUCGAGUGUUGCCUGCUGGUGUAGUUAGGACAGCUCUGAGCCCUUGGGAAAGUUUACAUAGUGUAUGAUGUGUCUGCUAUGGAGACUUGAAUCUUCUUGCUCUUAUCUGAAACUUUGUGUGGCAAUUCAGUGGCCUUGAAUUUGUAGUGUUUUUGGAAGAGGUGAAGAAUAACCUGAGCUUUUUGUUUGUUUGCUUGUUUUUUCAGUUGGGUUUAUGUGGUUGAGAGCAGAGCUGAAGUAUCUUGUCGGAGCACAAGAUCAGCUAAAUCGGUCUGUAGGAUGCAGAAGCAGCUAGACAAAAUCGAGUACCUGGGGUCUGGAAAAUGGCCAUAAAACAUGGAAUUUAAUUGGAAACUUUCUCCAGGAAGCUGUCUCUCAACACCCACUGUCCCCUGUGCUGCCUGGAAAUCCAGCUGUAGCCCAAGCCUGAGAGCGUUUAUUGGGCCAUUUGUCCUGAUUUGCCCCCUCCCUUCCCCCCUUACAUAGAUAUACCCGUGUCAGAGCAAGUUGAAACGCUUCUGAUGUUGGGGCGGUUCAUGGCUGAACAGUUUGCAACCCUGGGGUCUUAUGCCUUGGAUGUGGGCAUCCCACCUUCUUGCACUGUGGCAGCAGUGGGGCUCCCAUGCCUGCAGAGGUGUCCAGCCAUGAGCCUCUCCUGGAGAUUAAGGAUGAGGGCCCAGUGUACCUGACUGCGGGUCUCCAGGGACAGCGCAUGUCAGGUCUGUGGUGGUAUGGUGUUAAACUAAACCAGUUUCUUCAGUUGGGAUGAUGCAGUUUCUUGCUUGAAUCGAAUCAUUGUGAUUUCCAGCAGGAAGCUUUCAGGUGGCCCUCCUGUCCUUUCCCUUCGCAGACUAAAAGGAAGCAGCACAAUGAGACUUGUUCAAACCCAACUCUGAUGGUUUCACCCAUCAGCAGUGUGGGUCUUCUGUCCAGGGAUAUUUGGGGCUGGACGAGCCACAUUGUGUGGUGGCACUUAGGUAGUGUGGGUCCGCUGCAUCAUCCCCAACGGUUACUGCAGACCAUGCUGCUGGAGCUGCUUUACAUGCCCUGCCUCUGUGCCUGGUGGGAGGUGCAGAGCGGGCAGAGCCUUGCACAGAACACUAAAUGGAGAGCUCGGGGUUUUGUUUUCUGAGGGAUGGCACAAUAAAAUGCUUUUGAGUCAAGGGCUUGCUCGCCUCUGGUAACGCAAGACUCGGCACCUGGCUGGGAGUCGAGGGAGGCUGCCAUGUCCAGCUCAUUUGCUUCCCAUCCUAGACGCCUCUGAUUGCCAGUCCCUGCCUUGUCCUUCCAUACACACCUCUUGUAGCUCUCCUUUUUCUUUUUCUGGUCUCGGCCAGUUGCCUGUCUGUCCUCUAACUGCAGCCUGCUAACCCCUGAUGCGGGAGGGUCUGGUGUAGCUCCCUUCCCACUCCUGUUUGAAAGCCUAAAACUGACACAGCCCUCCUGCAGCUCCUCCUCCCUUUGAUGUCUCUCCUUCACUCGCAUGCAGUUUGCUUCAAUAAAUUAUUGUAGUAGUUUGCAAUAAACUUUUUUUGUAUUUUUUUCCCUGUAUUUAUUUUAUUUUUUUUCCUCUUCCCAGGGAGGGAACGGAGGGGGUGCAGGGCCCUUGGCCUGCUCUUAGUGCCCUGGAGAGCUUGGGGGUGCUGUGUUCAGGGUGGGCAGUGGUGUGUGGGCAGGGGCCUCUCUCUGGGGGUCCUGAGGCGCAGGGUUUGGGACGGGGGCUGUGGCAGCUGGAGUUGGGGGGGGGGCUCCUGGAGCUCAGCAGCACUUUCUGCAGUAGCCACCAGGUGGCAACGAUGCUGUUGGGUUGGCCAGCGGCCCGGGGAGCUGGGGCACUCCUGUCCCCGUUCCCCCCCACCCCGAGCCAGUCUGGUGUAAAGCUUGGUAUACUGUGAUACUAAAGGGAAACUGCUUUUCAUCUCCUGUUUUUUUCUCUUAAUCUGGAUAGUACAUAACCAAAAUAAACGUACUGAGGAAAAACCAA